AUGUCCCAAAGUAUCCGAACCCACCAGACUCCCGAGAGGAGCAUAGAGCGCGAAACACCUAGAAAUCCGCCGGGACUGCCAUUGCCCGCAGACCGACUGUGGCAGCCCCAUGAAGAUGGGUACUGGAGAAAGCUACGGGAAGAAUGGGGGUCUACGCUUGACCUGAACAAAGUAGAAGAUGACCAGGAGCGAAUCGAUGGUGAAGAUAUGGACGAAGUUGACCUGGCCACGGCAAACGGAACCGUGUUCCGCAUUGUGCUGGCCGACGACGGGCGAAAUGCGCACUCGCAUGAUAUUCACCGAGUGGGAGCUACACCUGAUAUGGACUCCCGCGGGCUGAAUAUAGCAUCUCCGGGUGAUGUGCCGCACCCUGCUCGGCCUAUAAGUCGUCCACUCCCUCUGCUCACACACACCAAAACAAGUAAGAAAUCUCGCAAGUUUCAACCUCCCACGCUUAGUGUGAGCGUCACCACCACCACCCGUACCUAUAGCGGCGACGUCUUUCCGCCGCCGUAUACUCCCCGUCCAACGGGCACAGAGCGCAGCUUUGGCGUCGACGGAAAGCUCAAAGACGACGAGAUGGAGCCCAGAGCUCGAUGGCCCGUCGCCAAGUGGCUCUUCCUCCUCGGCUUCUUGUUCCCUCUGCUUUGGCUCUUUGGCUCUUUCCUCCUCUUUAGUGGUCUCCGCAAAAUGGCAGACUCGUCCCCGUCUUCGAUAGAAUCCCAAGUCUCUGACAGGAAACUCGAUACCCAGUCCCGCGAUACCACCACAUCAAGUAUCACUCAUCUCAUUGCACAAGAGGUCGUCUGGAGCAAGCGUUGUGCUUGGGCCAUCAGCCUCUUUGCCGUCUGCUCUUUUACCGCACUCGGCAUUCUCAAAGCAGUCGGCAUGUGA